UGUACUCUACACUUCAUUCACAGCAAACCACAAUCGUGCAUGCAUAGUCUGAAAAAGCUCAUUAUUCUUUAAGCUACUUAACUUACUCUAGAUCUUUUUCCGCUACUGAUCAAUCAAGAAUUACAUGAUGCUAACAUUAUUGUUAUAAGGGAAAAAUAACUGUGAACUCAUUAUAAAUUAUUAUCAUUGAGUUACAGCACUUCGGCUAUUUAGUCGUUCUAAAAUCUGCUAUCUGCUUUGGUUUCAGUUUGUCUUUCUUCUGGUAUAAACGUAAUUACUGAUGUGGGGUUUUUCUCCUACGUGCGCAAUGAUUCUUCAUGGGUAUUCGCGAGGACGAUGAGCUCUUGCUGGAUCUGGGGAUCCCAUCGUCUUCCGCAUCAGUACCACCUCUCUCCGUCCCAGUGAAUCCCUUUCCCCGAAACCGAGCUCACUCGAAUCCGUCCGAUAGAAGCCGAAUUGAGAUGCUGCCCGUGAUCGAUCGUGGCUCGCGAGAGGAUUUGCGGGAUAUUGGCCCUCUGGAUGACAUCGAGGGGCAGGAUCAGGAAGAUGACGAUGUCCGCCUGAAUCAACUCCAGUUGCCACAGGAGCUGGCACGUCGGCGUCGCAGAUCGUCGGCCACUUCACGGCACCUUCACCUGGUGCGGAACAACAGUCCCGCUGGCUUCCCGGCGGAAACAGUCAGCAGCCCGCGGCGGGAACUGCAGGACGUCCGAGAAUCACAGAACGAUGUAUUCUUCGGCCCAUCGGGAACAGAUGCACGCAGCAGUUUACCGUACGUUUCCGAGCAGUGCUGCACGGCGGAAGCGGAUCGGAUGAAAUGGCGGAUUCGCUUCUUUUUCAUGGAUCCCAUCCAGAAAUGGAAGACCAAGCAUCAGUUCCCGUGGAAAUUGUUCCUUCAAGUGGUUAAAAUAAUUUUCGUUACUAUCCAGCUGGUGACGUUUGGCAAUGAACGGUACCGCUUUGCCACAUUCCUGAAACAGAACACAGUGUCAUUUCGGCAUCUGCUCCUGGAGAACUGGAACGAUCCUGACAUUCCUCCGGCGGUGUAUCCGAAUGUGGUGUACGCUGUUUAUUUGCGUGAAGAGUUCUACAGCCGCAUUGAUUAUGCUGUGAAUAAUCUGAUUGAUAUUCGGGAUAUUGCGGUGGGGAGUUAUUCCUACACGGCGGUCAAUGAUACGGCAUUAUUUCAGUUUUGUAAACGGGAAUUCAUGCAGGCGCAUGUGUUUCCCGAGAAUCAUUCGUAUAUUUACGAUUCUGGGAUACGGGAAUCAUGCCUGUGGAUUGAUUUGAUGCCCUUCCAGAAUGUUACUUUCAGCGUGAGGAAUUAUUUGGAUGAGCAUAAUGCCAGUAUUGAAUUUGAUAAAUUAGUGGAUGCACGAUUGUUGCUGAAUGUUAAAUCCGUAGCACUCAAGCCGAAUGACCCGGAUGAUGAUCCAGCCUGUUACAUUUUUGACGUUAACAUUAAACUGGAUAAUACAGGGCACAAUGGUCAGAUACCGGUAUCACUGGACAUUGAUCCUCACGUUGUUCCAUGCAACGGCAAGAUCCUCUACGAUGACGGAGAGAGUGUUAUGGAUAUCUUGGUGCAGGUUUUGGAUUUCAGCGUUUUGUUUAUCUGUAUGGUUUCCUUUGUUCUUUGUGUUCGUGCCUUGUGGAAUGCGGAAAAGUUAAAAGCUUCUGUUAUCGAAUUUUUUCUGGAAAAAUUUAAUUACAGAUUGACGAACGAUGAAAGAAUGGAUUUUUUGAAUCUGUGGUAUGUCAUGAUUGUGAUCAACGAUGUGUUAAUUCUGGUGGGGACGGGUGUAAAAAUUACCAUUAAUAAUCGAUCGGUUGUGGAGUUACCUUUGUAUAACACUUGUGGAAUGAUGUUGGGUGUCGGAAAUUUGUUGGUUUGGUUCGGCAUCUUGCGCUAUCUGGGAUUCUUCCGGACAUACAAUAUUUUAAUAUUGACGUUCAAGCGAGCCAUUCCCAACGUUCUACGCUAUCUUGUAUGCAUUUUGCUGAUCUUUUUUGGGUUUGCCUUCUGUGGGUGGAUCGUACUCGGCCCGUAUCACGUUAAAUUUCAGACGUUUCAUUCGACGAUGGAGACAAUCUUCAGUUUGAUCAACGGAGACGACAUGUUCGCUACCUUCGCCAUUCUGGCUUAUCAGAAUUCAUUGAUCUGGUAUUUUAGCCGGGUUUAUUUUUACUUCUUCAUCUGCAUCUUCACGUACGUGAUCCUGUCGCUGAUGAUUUCUCUGAUCAUGGAUGCUUAUGGAACGGUGAAAGAUUAUUAUGAACAAGGCGGUCCAGCAUCUCGCCUGAUGGAGUUUGCAGCGGAAGCCCCGUCCGCGCAUCCUACUUCUUGUCCUCGGCAUCCGGCCUUUACCGUGCCGCAGUCUCCGCGGAAGGGGCUGCGCGGUCGACUGACCAAGAUCACGGAAUGGCUGAGGCGCUCUCGCGGUAUGGGAUCACGCAGUUCAUCUGAUAGCUGGAUACCUCAUCAGCGCAUGGAAGAAGGCUGAUAAAUUGUACGCCACAUGUGGAUACCUCGUUAAUCCUAUUGUCGACCCUUGACAUUUUUAUGUACUUUUUAAUUAAUUUUUGUUGAUCUUAAAGAGGUGAUUUAUUUCUUGUUUCGGUUAACCUUUUUGGUGUUUACCGCCUACCGUUUCGGUUAACCUUUUUGGUGUUUACCGCCUACCGGUACUAAGUUUGCCUUAGCCUGUUCUGAUUGCUCAGUUGUGCGGUGCAAAACCAAAUACUAAGGGAUUUUUGA